AGACUAAAAUCUCAGUAAGCCAUGGAGAAGAUCUGGUUUCUUCUUACAUGCCUUCUCGUUGUCCUGGUGCGUUUAGGCACCGGUCAGGACCAUUUACGCGCGCCUGUUGGCCCCUGGAGACAGCACAUUCAGUGGGAGAAUAACGGUCAGGUGUACAGUUUGCUCAGCACUGGGACUCGGUAUCGCUUGCCGUCCCAGAACAGGAGACGCACCCAGAUGUUACUAACAACAAAAAACUAUUUAAACCAAGUCAACCUUCCUGUUGCGCUCAUGAGAGCCACCAGAACCAGGUCUAUGAGCCGCCAAGACUCGGAUCACUCUGAGCAAAAUGACCAAAUAGACACGUCGCUUCUUGGAGCAGAUGUGCAGUACCUCCUGUCCGCGGAUCGGACCGGCACACAGAGUCAGUCCAAUGUGGCUGUGGAAUAUCACUCAAGCCAGGCUCCAGCUAAUAGUAGCGCUGCUGUUUUCAUCCAGGAGUUUUCCGGCAGCGGAAUCCCCAGAGGAGGCCGGGGUACUGCUGCGGAGGACAGCGGUGCGCAACAGACAACUACGCCACCAGCAAGAGUGCAGGAUUUGACGCACAGCCAAGUCGAUAGAAGCUCCCCGGAGGGCUCGGAUUCAGUCCACAACCUGGCUAGUGACGGUCGAGUCACCCAGCAGACCAGAACGCAAUCCCUGACCAGAGUCAUUCCAGAGGUGGAUGAUUCCAGCAACGCUGUUGAGACUCAGUUCCCUCCUAGGAGUCCAGAUACAACAGGUGCAGGUGAUCCUCGGGAUCCACACAGCAUCCACCACAGGAACUCGGUUUUCUAUAAUGUUUACCCAGCAGACCGCAGGAACAGGCAGAAUGCGCGCAACCCACCGGGCACCGGCCACGGCACCAGGUUCUUCCACAACGGUCUCCCAGACCUAAUCCCUGACCCGUACUACAUCCAAGCAGCCUUGUACAUCCAGAGAGUACAGAUGUAUGCACUUCGCUGUGCAGCUGAAGAGAACUGCCUUUCCAGGUCUGCAUAUCGUCCGAGUGUGAGUGACCUGGAGUACAGAGUCUUGCUGCGCUUCCCACAGAGAGUGAAGAACCAGGGAACUGCAGACUUCCUCCCAAUCAAACCCAGACAUGAGUGGGAAUGGCACAGCUGUCACCAACAUUACCACAGCAUGGAGGCCUUCAGUAACUAUGACCUUCUGGACGUUGCCACUGGACAGAAGGUUGCUGAGGGACACAAAGCCAGCUUCUGUCUGGAGGACACCUCAUGUGACCCGGGAGUACGGCGACGCUUUGCUUGCACUGCUCACACACAGGGGCUUGGUCCUGGAUGCUAUGAUACAUAUCAUGCUAACAUUGACUGCCAGUGGAUCGAUAUCACGGAUGUGUCACCUGGAAAUUACGUUCUCAAGGUGACGGUGAACCCCUCCCAGCUUGUCCAGGAGUCUGACUUCUCCAACAACGAGGUCAGGUGUGACAUCAGAUACACGGGAAGCUACGUCCAGGCAAGAAACUGCAGGAUUGUUGUGAGCUGACCUGCAGAAGACACAGACAUGUGCUUAAUAACCUUUAGUUGUUCUUAAAGUAAAGCUGCUACUGUUUUGAUGCUGUUUCAUUGUUUGCUACUCUGUAGUCUUUGUAUUUAUGAUACACUUCCUACCACACAUAUUGGCAACCCUGUUAAAAAGUGUCAAGACUGAAAAAUAAGUCUUUUAUUGCAGUAGUGUGACCUCACACUGAGAACUUUAGUAAAAAUCAUCCUUUAAUUUGAGAACAUUUAUUCAAUUUCCUCUCUCCCCUUUAGUUCCAGUAAGUGCUGAAGAUCUCAUUUACCUUCCUUUACAUCAGUUACAAGUGAAGACACCCCCUACAUACUCUGAUCACUGGAAAUCAAUAAGUUAAUCAAUUUAAAAUGCUAUAUAUUACAUUUAUUUUACAGGAAUGGCUUGGUAUAACAAUAAGUGAGGCACUGGUACAUUUUUCAAACAAUAAUUAGCUAAUUUUAGUUAAUUGGUAAUCCCGCCCCCUUCUUAAAAAGUGUUCUGAUUUAUCCUCAUUUUGCUGCAGUAACAAAAGAAGAAUGUAUUUAAACAUGUUUUAUGAAUCCAUACCAGACUUAUUCAUAUGUGUGAAAGAGGCUUUAAAUGAUGUGUUGUACCUAAUGAUAGAUAAGCCUAAUAUAGUGUUAUUUAUACGAACAGAUAUCAUUAGUAUAUAUAAGCAAUGCAAGACAGAAGUUAACUAAUGCCUUACAUGCAAGAAAAUGUGUUUUCUAGAUUUACAUAAGUGUCAACUAUGAAGUAAAAGGCCAAUUAUGUCUUAUUUCUGUAUUUCAAGUUG